AUGUCGGAAAACGCUCAAUUUGCUACCAAAGUCAUUGCCCUCACCGGCGCGGCGUCGGGUAUAGGUCUGGCAACAGCCCACGUCCUCGCCGGCAGGGGAGCCAAGCUUUCUCUAGCCGACGUGCAAGAGGAAGCGCUUCAGAAAGCCAAGGCAGAGAUUGAGCAAAAGCACCCGGGCGCCGAAGUCAUCACAUCCGCGCUCGACGUGCGCAAGUACGAGCAGGUGGACAGCUGGAUCGGGGCGACGGUCGAGCGCUUCGGCCGGCUGGACGGCGCCGCGAACCUGGCCGGCGUCAUUCCGCAGUCCAUUGGCCUCCAGGGGCUCAAGGACCAGGACUUUGCCGAGUGGGACUUUGUCAUGGGCGUCAACUCGACGGGCGUCAUGCACUGCCUGCGCGCGCAGCUCGCCGUCCUGGCCGACAAUGGCGCCGUCGUCAACGCCUCGUCCAUUGCCGGGACCACGGGCCGCGCAAACAAUGCUUCGUACGCCGCGUCCAAGCACGCCGUGCUCGGAAUGACCAGGUCGGCGGCCAAGGAGGUUGGUGUCAGGGGAAUACGCGUCAAUGCCAUUUGCCCGGGAACCAUCGCGACACCCAUGCUGAAGAGUGCUCGGGACAUUAACGGCGGCAAAGAAGGCAACGAGAGUCACCCCGAGUUAAAUCAGGUAGCACUGAGACGGGUUGGCCAACCCGAAGAGGUUGCGAAGUUGAUCGCGUUCCUCCUCAGCGAUGAAUCCACAUACAUUAGCGGCAAUGAUAUUAGCAUCGAUGGAGGUUGGAGAUGUUGA